UUUUCUUGUAGUGUAUGAGAGUCACAAACAACAAAAUGGCUCUCAACAAUCCUUUUAUAAGCUACUUACUUCUAUUCUCAAUAGUGGUUGUAGCGUCGGCCAAUAAUGCCUACACUCCAUCAUCAUCAUAUAAUAGUCCAUCUUAUUUUCCAUCUCCUCAAUACAAAUCUCCAAAUUAUUCACCAUCUCCUGAAUACUCUCCUUCUUCAGAAUUUAAAUCACCAAACUAUACCCCAUCACAUGAAUACAAAUCUCCAACCUACUCACCAUCUACUGAAUAUAAAUCUCCAGAAUAUUCAUCACCUUCAGUUUACAAUACCGUAGACAACUCGGUAUCUUCAGUGGAUGUGUCCCAAUACUAUUCUCCUUCUCCAGUAUAUGUAUCACCAGAAUAUUCACUAUCCCUCAAGGAUAAGUCACCAACAUACUCUCCAUCAUCAAAUUACAAGACUCUUGAGUACUCUUCAUCUCCUAUGUACAAGUCACCAUACUAUUCUCCAUCUCCUGUGUACAAAUCACCAGAGUAUUCACCAUCCUCUGAAUACAAGUCGCCAACAUACUCUCCAUCUUUAAAUUAUAAGACUCCUGACUACUCUCCAUCUCCUGUUUACAAAUCUCCAAACUAUUCUCCUUCUCCUGUGUACAAAUCACCUGACUACUCUCCAUCCGCUGAAUACAAUUCACCAAUAUAUUCUCCAUCUUCUGACAAAACUUCUUACUACUCACCAUCUCCUAUGAAAAAGUCACCAUACUAUUCACCAUCUCCAUUACACAAAUCACCAGAAUACUCACCAUCUUCCAAGUAUGAGUCACCAACAUAUACUCCCUCUUCUGAAUACAAGACACCAGAGUACUCACCAUCUUCUGAAUACAAGUCGCCAACAUACUCUCCAUCUUCAAAUUAUAAGACUCCUGACUACUCUCCAUCUUCUGUUUACAAAUCUCCAAACUAUUCUCCUUCUCUUGUGUAUAAAUUACCUGACUACUCUCCCUCCGCCGAAUACAAUUCACCAACAUAUUCUCCAUCUUCUGACAAAACUUCUAACUACUCACCAUCUCAUAUGAAAAAGUCACCAUACUAUUCACCAUCUCCGUUACACAAAUCACCAGAAUACUCACCAUCUUCCAAGUAUGAGUCACCAACAUAUACUCCCUCUUCUGAAUACAAGACACCAGUUUACUCUCCAUCCCCUGUUUACAAGACACCCGUUUACUCUCCUUCUCCUGUAUACUCAAAACCUGUUUACUCUCCAUCUUCUGUAUACCCAACACCUGUUUACUCUCCAUCCCCCGUAUACAAGUCACCAUACUAUUCUCAUUCUUUUGGAUACAAAUCACCAGAUUAUUCUCCAUCACCAGUUUAUAAAACUCCAUACUACUCUCCAUCUUACAAGUCUCCAUAUUAUCCAUCAACUUCGGUGUACAAUGUUCCAUAUUACUCACCUUCUUCAGUUUACAACACUCCGAAAUAUUCUCCAUCACCUAUCCAUAGUACUCCAUAUUCAUAUGCUUCUCCUGAUUACACAACACCAUACUACUCUCCGUAUCCUGUUUACAAAAGUCCAUACUACUCUCCAUCUCAAGUAUACAAAUUUUCCUACUACUCUCCAUCUCCUAUCUAUAGAACCACAUACUACCCUCCAUCUCCCAAUUAUAAGACCACAUCUUGCCCUCCAACUCCAGUCUAUGAGAUCCCUGAUUACGUAUACGCUCCAUCAUCAAAUUAUAACACGCCAUACAAGUCUCCAACACUAAUUUACAAAUCACCAUACUACUCUCCAUCACCCGUGUACAAAUCUCCUAACUACUCACCGUCUUCUGUGUAUGCGACUCCGUACUAUUCCCCAUCCUCAGUUUAUAAAUCUCCAUACUACUCUUCAUCUCCGAUAUACAAUUCUCCAUACUACACUCCAUCAAGCUACAAGACUCCAUACUAUUCUCCAUCUCCAGUAUACAAAAGUCCAUACUACUCACCAUCCCUAAUUUACAAAUCUCCAUACUAUUCUCCAUCUCCUGUUUACAAGAUUCAUUACCACUCCCCAUCCCCAGUUUAUAACACUCCGUAUUACUCUCCAUCACCAGUUUACCAGUCACCUUACUACUCCCCGUCAUUUGUUUACAAGUCUCCAUCCCCAUCCCCAUCUUAUGCAUCCCCAUACUAUUCUCCAUCACCUACCAACAAUAAAAAAGUUUACACUCAAUCGCCAACUUAUACACCCACGACUUCUUACUACGAAAGGAAUGUUUACACUUCUUCACCAACAUAUUCACCAUCCCCUACUUACAAGUCUCCCUAUUACCCGUCGUCCACCUCGUAUGAAGUUCCUUAUUACUCCCCAUUACCAAUUUAUAAGAAACCUGUAUACACUCCAUCUACAACCUACACUCCAUCGUCAACUUAUGACAAAAAGAGUGUGUACACUUCAUCCCCAACAUAUUCACCAUCCCCUGUUUAUAAGUCUCCCUAUUAUUCUCCAUUACCUUCUUAUAUGUCACCUUACUACUCCCCAUCACCUGUAUACAAGAAAUCAAUUUACACUCCAUUGUCAGUUGUCUCAACAUCUUACGACCAAAAGCCUGUGUACACCCCAUCACCAAUAUAUUCACCAUCUCCGGUUUACAAAUCUCCUUAUUACACCCCAUCAUCUUAUGAGUCGCCAUACUACUCCCCAUCUCCUAUUUACAAGAAACCAUUAUACACUCCUUCACCAUCUUACAUUCCAUCUAACUAUGAAAAACCUUUGUACACCCCAUCAUCAAUGUAUUCCCCAUCUCCAGUUUACAAAUCUCCUUAUCACACUCCAUCCCCUUCUUAUGAGUCGCCUUACUACUCCCCAUCUCCUAUCUACAAUAAAUCAUUAUACACUCCUUCACCAUCUUAUGUUCCAUCAAACUAUGAAAAAUCUGCCUACACUUCAUCACCAACAUAUUCACCAUCUCCUGUUUACAAGUAUUCAAAUUACUCUCCAUCCCCUUCCUAUGAAUCCACAUAUUACUCUCCAUCACCUUUCUACAAAAAGCCAGUUUACACCCCUUCAUCAUAUUACAAUGAAAAGUCAGUCUACACACCAUCUCCAAGUUAUUCACCAUCUCCAAUUAACUAUUCCCCAGCUUAUAGUCCAUCUACUGAAUAUAAACCUUAUAUUGAAGCCAAGGUUACAACCGGCUAUUAAUCUAAACAAGAGAUAAUUAAUCAUAUAUUUUCUAUUCCAUAAUUUGUCUUUAAGUAAACCACAAAACCUUUUGUUUUCUAAUUUAUGAUUUUCAAUAUAUAUUUUUGUAAUAGAGA